CAUACUCUCUGCGUGACUACGAUAUAACAUAACCUAUACCUCUAUGUGUUAUUGUCUGUGCGUCUUUCAGCCUAGCAAAAUACAAAAGAAUAAACUGCUCAGCUCAGUUUUCAAACUCAAAACACGCUGUAACAGGUUCUAGUUUUAUUCAUAAGGUAGGGCCUACAAAUUCCAAAAUUGUGUUAACGAGAUUUUUCAUUUAAACCCAGUGGAAGGAAACAAUUUGGACUAUUGACAUCAAGCUUUUAAAUCUGUCCCAUGCGUUACGUGAUGGACAGGAUAUAAGUAAAAGAUGGAGCCCAUGACACUUGGUUCACCUGUAGGCAGCCCAGGCGCACAGAACCCCACAUCACCCUAUCUGCCAGGGUUUCUGAUGGGCGACCCUCUGCCCCAACCUACAAGUCCCUCCAAGACCCCCCGGCAAGUCCACUUCGCCCCUAACCUGUCAUCAGCGCUGCCUACACCUGACACUCCCCUACCUCCCACCUCUCUGAACGAGAGUAUCACAAGAUAUCAUAAAAACCAGAGAGAGAAGUCAGGAGGGCCGCCAACUGUGGGUCUCUUUGACACUCUCGAAGUGAGCACCUCUGCAUUGUCCACUACUCCUCCUUCCACAUCUUUCCAGCCAUCUGGUCAGCUGUCUCAGACUUUAGGACCAAUGACCCCCACCCAGAAUGCACAAAACACAGAUGAAAAUGAGAAGUGGGUAACAGUGUUUGGGUUCCCACUGUCAGCAGCGUCUUCUAUCCUGGGACAGUUUUCACAGGUGGGCCACAUCCUGGAGCACCGGUUUCCAGGACAGGGCAACUGGGUCAACAUCUGCUAUACCAGCAAGCUGGACGCGCGACGUGCUCUCUCGUACAAUGGCAAGAUACUGGGUGGCCACACGAUGAUCGGUGUGGUGCCCUGCAGAGACAAUAAUUUAUUCUUGAAGCCUUGCCCAAGAGGAUCAAUCUUUUACAAUUUCAAGAAUCAUUCAUGUUGUAGAGGUUAUUCACAGCCUGGAAGUGCUCUGAGGGAUAUGACAAACGUAUUGAGCGGCAGUGGUACCCCGACCACACCAAAGUCACCUCAGGUGUCAAGACUGUCACAGCAGCGUCGUCUGCUCAACUCUCCCUGCCCAUCACCGUUCGCUCCAUCGCCCAGGGGUGGCCGUCAGCUCGGUAUCUCAAGUCCGACUGAGAAUGAGGUGAUUGGAUCCCAGAACACUCCUACAAAGAGCUCAAGUUUUGUAACUAAAGCUGUCGACUUAGUUUUUGGAUGGUGAUUUUUUUACAUCGUAAUAAUUUUUAAGUACAUAUGAAAUUAUCCUUUCUACACUUUUUAUUCUCUUUGUUGUUUUAUUUUUGGUUUUUCCAAUUGACUGCAUAUAAUGCUAUAUUGUUUAUUACAUUCUUCUGUACACUAUGAAUAUUAGACUCUGUUACCUUGUAACAUGUUCUUGUUUUCUGUUAUCUUAUUAUUUAUAAUUGAUUAUUAUGUAUAUUGUUGUAAACUUGUGCCUUUUGCAUUAGUCUGUAUUUGUUUACUAAAUAUACAUAUGUAAGAAUUGUAAAA